AUGAAUUUCUACCUCGUUGCAAUCCCAUUGGUGUCGCUGCUCCUCCUCAAAGCAGUCUUGACCCUCUUUUGGCAUUUGCGCUCAAGUCUGAGGUCCGUUCAAGGCCCUGGUGCCGCUCGAUGGACACUCGGUUGGUAUACCUGGAAGGUUUGGCAAGGUGCUUUUGAGCAUGUUAACCGCGACUUACACAAGAAAUACGGCUCUGUCGUUCGCUAUGCACCCAGCCGCUACAGCUUCAGUGACCUCGAGGCAGUCAAAGUCAUUUACGGUCUGGGUACUUCGUUCCCCAAGUCCCCGUGGUACAUACCUUGGGGCAAUCCUGGAGAUAACAAUCUGUUCAACGAGACGUCCUCGGCCAAGCAUGCACACGAUCGGAAGCAAUAUCAGUCCACUUACUCCAUGUCUUCCUCGUCAACUACGAAGCAUUUGUCGACGAGCCAAGCUGUCGACAUGCAUCAUUGGCUCCAAUGUUAUGCUUUCGACGUGAUUGGUAUGAUCACAUAUGGAAAGCGUCUGGGCUUCCUCGAUAAAGGAGAGGAUGUGGGAAAUGUCAUCCACGCCUUGGGAGAGAUACUGAGUUACUCAACAUUGGUUGGCAUCAUUUUUCCUACCCUCCACAACAUCUUUGUUCCGAUUAUGAACUUUCUUGCAGGGAGUAAAGGACAAGGAGGAGCUUAUGUCACGGCAUUCACAAAGGCGAGGAUCAGCGAAGCGCAGUCAAAUCCCAAAGCUGUGAUCCUGGACGACAGCGACACCUCAACACAGUCUUUUUUGAUGAAAUUCCUUGCCAAGAAUACUUCAAAGCCAGAUGAUUUCACCUCGUCUCAUGUCAUAACCGGAUGUGUUAUUAACAUGAUCGCGGGAUCUGACACAACUAGCAUUAGCCUCUCAGCCGUGUUGUACUAUCUUCUCAAGAACCCCUCAUGCAUGGACAAGCUACGAGAAGAAGUUGACACGUUCACUGCCAACGGCCAGUUAUCGACUUAUGUCACUUAUAAAGAGAGCCAGGCAAUGCCGUACCUGCAGGCGGUCAUUAAGGAAGCCUUGCGGUUACAUCCAGCCACUGGACUACCCCUUGAGCGUGUAGUGCCGAAAGGUGGCGCAACCAUUUCAGGUCGUUUCUUCCCGGAGGGGACUAUCGUCGGAAUCAAUACCUGGGUUGCGCACAUGGACCGCAGCAUCUUUGGACAGGAUGCAGAUUCAUUUUCGCCCGAGAGAUGGCUGCAAGAUGACGACGAGCGGGUAGCGUUGAUGAACCGCUUCUGGAUGCCUUUUGGUCUUGGCUCUCGCACCUGCAUCGGCCGGCAUAUUUCCAUGCUUGAAAUGUGCAAACUCAUUCCUGCUUUGGUUCGAGACUUUGAGUUUGUUUUGCAUGAUAAUCUACUCCAAAACGAAUGGAAAACACUGAAUUACUGGUUUGUAAAGCCGCUUGAUUUCAACGUCUGGGUAAAACCAAGGACGAGUGCAGGGUAA